UUGCACGCCGAGCGGCGGAGUUCGUGUGAGAGGGUGAGCCUAAUGACGUAAGAGCCUGUCGCCCCCAGCACAAAGAGUGAGUCGGGGAGAAGCUGGAGGCUCGGCAUAAAGGAAAGCGCAAGGGGUGGGCGUGUGAGCAAGGGAGGGGAUUUGCACAGGGAGAUGUGAAUGCAAACCCCACGGCUCUUCAGGUCUUCUGUCCUAUUUGUAUGUGAAGCAAUGUAAAAUCCUGAAUGAUAGAGAGCCCUUGGUGUUUAGAUAAUGGGCUGUGUGCAAUGCAAGGACAAGGAGACGACUAAAGGAACGGUGGACGAGAGGGCUGGGUCCAUCCCCCAGAACCCGGGCUAUCGGUAUGGACCUGACCCUUCCCCUCAGCAUUACCCCAACUUCAGUGUGACGGGGAUUCCCAAUUAUAACAGCUUCCAUGGGACAAGCGGACAAACGUUGACCGUCUUUGGAGGCGUUCAUACCUCCUCCCACACCGGGACGCUGCGGACCCGUGGCGGAGGGUCAUUAACUGUAGGGGUAACUCUGUUUGUGGCUCUGUAUGACUACGAUGCCAGGACAGACGACGACCUCAGCUUUCACAAAGGAGAGAAGUUUCAGAUACUUAAUAACACCGAGGGAGACUGGUGGGAAGCGAGGUCCUUGCAGACCGGGGGCACAGGAUACAUUCCCAGCAACUAUGUGGCUCCAGUCGACUCCAUCCAAGCAGAGGAGUGGUACUUUGGCAAGCUCGGCCGCAAAGAAGCUGAGAGGCAACUCCUGUCCAUCUGCAACCCGAGAGGGACAUUCCUUAUCCGUGAAAGUGAAACCACCAAAGGUGCCUAUUCUUUGUCAAUACGUGACUGGGAUGAUACGAAAGGAGACCAUGUUAAACACUAUAAGAUUCGCAAACUGGACAGUGGUGGGUAUUAUAUAACAACUCGGGCGCAGUUUGAAACCCUGCAACAACUGGUUCAACAUUAUGCUGAGCGCGCUGCCGGUCUCUGCUGUCGCUUGGUCGUUCCCUGCCACAAGGGCAUGCCUAGGCUUGCUGACCUAUCUGUGAAAACCAAAGACGUGUGGGAAAUCUCCCGGGAAUCUCUGCAGCUCAUCAAGAGGCUUGGAAAUGGGCAGUUUGGGGAAGUCUGGAUGGAGUCAGCUGACGGCCUCUGCUUUAACUUAACAACGGUUUGCACUAACUCAACUCCGCAAACUGUUGGAUUAGCCAAAGACUCUUGGGAAAUUUUACGUGAGUCCCUAAGCUUGGAGAAAAAGCUUGGUCAGGGAUGUUUCGCCGACGUGUGGUAUGGCACAUGGAAUGGGACCACAAAAGUUGCAGUGAAGACACUGAAGCCGGGCACGAUGUCUCCUGAGUCGUUCCUCGAGGAAGCUCAGAUCAUGAAGAAGUUGCGGCAUGAUAAGUUAGUACAGCUUUAUGCCGUCGUCUCAGAGGAACCCAUCUACAUCGUCACUGAAUACAUGAGCAAAGGAAGCCUGUUAGAUUUCCUAAAAGAUGGGGAAGGAAGAGCUUUAAAGUUGCCCAACCUUGUAGACAUGGCAGCACAGGUUGCUGCUGGUAUGGCCUACAUUGAGAGAAUGAACUACAUCCACAGGGACCUGCGGUCAGCCAACAUUCUGGUUGGAGACAAUCUAGUGUGCAAGAUUGCUGAUUUUGGAUUGGCGAGGUUGAUUGAAGACAAUGAGUACACAGCUCGUCAAGGUGCAAAGUUUCCCAUCAAAUGGACUGCGCCAGAAGCUGCAUUGUACGGCCGGUUUACAAUCAAGUCUGACGUCUGGUCCUUCGGCAUUCUACUGACAGAGCUGGUAACGAAGGGGAGAGUGCCAUACCCUGGUAUGAAUAACCGUGAGGUGCUGGAGCAAGUGGAGCGUGGCUACAGGAUGGCAUCUCCGCAGGAUUGUCCCAGCUCCCUUCAUGAGCUCAUGAUCCAGUGUUGGAAGAAAGACCCAGAGGAGAGGCCCACCUUCGAGUACCUGCAGGCCUUCCUAGAGGACUACUUCACUGCAACCGAGCCUCAGUACCAGCCAGGAGACAACCUGUGACCAUCUGUUGGGUGUUCCUCGCUAUGUUCCCUUGCCAUUAGACAUUGAGCAGCUGGGUCCUGGCUGCUAUUCUCCAGAAACUGGUGUCUUCUAAUGUCAAGUCCUAACUCCCCAGCCCUUUCAGAAUGGGCACCUUGAGACUACCGAGGCUAUUUUUUUGAAUAUGUCCGAAUGCUAGUAUUGUAUAAUAAUCACCGUUAAAAAAUGAUGGAAUACCAUCUCUAAAAUGCUACUUACUGUUCAGAUAUCGUCUUCCCUCCCCUCCCCCCUGCCUAUUGGCUCAACUGAACUCUUCCAUGUUAAUAAACCCCUCGAGGAGUGAAUUGCAGCCGGCCUCUGCCCACCGACGAAAGCUGGUGGCACGGAGCGAGCACUGGCAGCAGGACCACCAUCACCUUCUUGAGGAGCCUUUGCAUAAACUUUCAAUGUGACGGCAGUUUGGCAGAGGAGAGAAGCCGUUUGCGGCUGAGAAUCCGGCAAAGUAAUGAAACCGAGACUGGUGUUUACUCUCCCUCGCCACCCGUGUCCCAGGAACCCUCGGUAUUAGAGUCCUUAUCGAGUUUGAGAGCCACUUGGGAAACUUUGAAUGAUGCCAAAAGCAAUUGCCUUCUUGUUUCUGCCUACAUCCCCCUUUGCACCAAUGUGCAGCUUUGUUUUGAUUCCCACUUCAAGACGUCCUUUUAAAGGUGGCGAUGUAAUAUUUUGUCAUCUGAGCAAGUCUAUUUUAAGAAGUUCUCCAUACUUUUCUCUUGGUCUCCCCCCCCCCCCCACCGUUCAUAGAAACGGGGAAACUUUCAGGGCAGCGUGAAUCAGGCCACCAUCCAUGUGGCAAAAUGUUACACGGAACAGACCCACCGGGUGAUGGUAUUGCUCACAUCACUGGGGAACGUGUGGCUCGGCACUGAGGACUGGCAAGGGUUGGGAGAUCUGCCAUACAGACAGCACCCAGUGAGAACUGUGCUUUGCUACGUCUGACAAUUCACUGUAGUACUGGACAUCCAGGAGCGCGGGAGUCUAGUCCUUUACCCAAGAAAAGCAAAGGACCUCCACUAGCGCUAGUAAAAUGAGAAUAUGGGCACUCAUGCUUCAAAGGAUGAAAUGACAGAGCCGUUCCAGAAUGUCCUUUUAUGUCUAACGUUACGCUGAUUUUUUUUAAUGCCUUUAUACAUGUAAUGUUGCAGUAAUUAAUUGCAUUUCCCGAUUGCUUCCUGUGCAGCCAAUGACAUCCUAAAGAAUUAUUUUAAGAAAAUGACUAUGCACUCAAUAACUUUGAUAGCAGAUGCACAAAAUGCGUUUUUGGAUGUUACUACAUUCCUUGAAUUGGCCAUGUGGUCCAAACAUUGGAUUAUUGGUAUUUGUACAUUUUAACCAGAUGAUGCCUCUGCAUUAAUAUUUUUUUUCUCCCUUCUGACACUCACAAUGAAUCUAAUGUUUCAGCUGCCAUUUAAAGUGUAAGCAUUUUACAGUUUCUGCACUAGUUGACAUUUUACAUAGCUAUUCAAUUUUCCUAAUCCAGUUCUUGUCAUUUUCAAACCCAUGUAAUAAAGAUCUUAUCCAGGUCAGCCCA